CUGGCAACUUAUUGCGACGUCGGAUCUCUCCUACACGUUGGAGUCCGCUACAACAAGGAGCUCGGAAUUGAAGCCCGCGCCAAGUCGAAGUCUUCUAUACACGCAAUUAUCCCACUCCAUCCGAAUGAGAUAUCCGACCGGUUUGAAGCGUGUCUUCAUCUUUUUGGGAGCGGAAGAUGGGCGAAGACGGACAAGGAGGGCGAGAUGUGGGUGUCCCUUGACAUGGCCCUGCUCACCCGAGGUGAUCAUCUGCAUUUGGAACUGUGCUUCAGUCUCUACUGGAAUGAGACGAAGACGCCUUACAGCUUUCUGAGAACAACAGCCGAGCGUCGACAAAGUCAAAAUGUGCUUGACCUUUUUCUGCCUGAUGACUCGUUCCCAGUAACAAGGGGAAGAGAUAACUGGUCGCCCCUCGACUUCUACGAAGCAGCGCAUGUUCCUCCGCGGGAAGAUGAUACCGGGCUUGGAAUUGAAGUUCCAGAGUUGACGGCAUCGCUCUAUCCCUACCAAAAGAAAACACUCAACUGGCUUCUGAAUCGGGAAGGUGUCCGUUGGAAGGAUCCUGGUGACGCUCUCGUCUCCUUUGAACAGGAUCCCGACACAGCCCACAGCUUUCGAAAAAUUCGAGAUGAUCUUGGGACUGGCAGAACGUUCUACGUCAGCUCCCUGUACCAUAUAGUGACCACCGACCUGACGCCUUUCCAGCUGGCUGAAAGAGCGGUCAAAGGCGGUAUCCUUGCUGAGGAAAUGGGUCUCGGCAAGACCCUCGAAGUCAUCGGCUUGGUUGCGCUCCACCGUCGACAUCUCAGCGAGAACGACACCAUGGUCACGGCAGAGGGGGACGAGCUGGUCAUGACUGGUGCCACUUUGAUCGUCACGCCAGACUCCCUAAGACAACAAUGGAUAUCGGAGAUUCAACGUCAUGCGCCGCACUUGAAAGUGAAAUUCUACCCCGGUCGCAAGAACGCGAAGUUCGAUACCGAAGAAUUGCUUCGUGCAGAUCUGGCAUGUCAAGAUAUCGUCAUCACCACAUACCCGGUCCUGUCAUCUGAACUUCACUACGCUCUCAAACCACCUGAGAGGUCCCGCCGGCAGGAACGCAAAUACGAUCGACCUGAAUCACCACUGACGAAGAUACAUUGGUGGCGUGUUUGUCUUGACGAAGCCCAGAUGAUUGAGAGCGGGGUUACCGGAGCUGCCGCCGUCGCAAAGAUCUUACCUCGUGUCAACGCAUGGGGCGUCACUGGAACGCCAGUCAAGAAUGACGUGCAAGACUUGUUUGGACUUCUGGACUUCUUGCGCUACGAGCCGUACGCUUCCUCUACUCAGAUUUGGAGGGCUUUAACAAGGUCUCAUAAGCCUCUUUUCCGUUCACUCUUCGGUAGCAUCGCUUUACGACACACAAAACAGCUUGUUAGACACGAGAUAGCCGUGCCUCCGCAGAAACGAUUCGUUAUCACGUUGCCGUUCACUGCCGUGGAGGAACAGUAUUAUGGGGAGCAAUUCAAAAACAUGGCCAAGAACUGCGGGUUGGACCUUGCGGGUGUUCCUUUGAACGACGAGUGGAAGCUUGCGCAAUACGAAACUGAGAUGCGGACAUGGCUGAACCGGCUAAGACAGGCAGCUCUUCAUCCUGAAAUCGUUCAACGGCGGGGCAAUGGCCGGAAGGUCGGGCCCAUGCGGACAGUUGACGAAGUGCUAGAUGCAAUGCUCGAGCAAGGUGACGAUGAUGUCCGAACCGAGCAAAGGGCGUAUUUGCAAGCACGACUUCUUCGUGGCCAGAUGCUGGAGAAUGGCCCGAGAGUAAGGGAGGCCCUGGCUAUUUGGGAAAAGGUCAAAAGGGAUGCUUCGACCAUAGUCGCAGAUUGUCGACAAGAGAUCGAAGAAGCCCUCAAAGAGUUGCGGACAUCUGGUUCAGACCAGGAGACAGCUAUCGAACUUACUUCUGGCGAUGGUGAUGAGGACGAAACAGACGAACUAUCCAACACUGGCCGUGUCGGCGAAGCCCGAGCCAAACUUCGUCAUGCCCUCGACGUCUUGCACAGGGCCACGUUUUUCUGCGCGAACGCAUUCUUCCAAAUCAAGACAGAUAGUAACCUUACUCAGCCCGAGUCGGAGGAGUUCAAGAGAUUGCAAGAACUUGAAGAUGCCGAGUAUGUGAAAGCCCAAGAAAUUCGACGGGAAAUUUUGUCCGAGAGUCACGGAAAAGCAAUGUCUUUGAUCAAGAAACUCGAGCGACAGGCUCUGUCACAAUCGUUUGUGGAGAUUUCCGAACUCGUAGCUAGCUCAAUGAAGGGGCUGGAAAGCGCGUCGACCAUUGAAAUGCUUGAAGAGUUGUACGGCAUCCUCAACGAACAAGCGAACGUCAUCGACGAGUGGCGGGAGGCGCUCAUCAAGCUGUUGUCUGAAGCUCUCAUUGAUGAAGAACAAGAAAUCGAGACCACCGGCGAGGAGUUCACUGACUCAACAAAGAUUCAAGAAGAGAUCAUUGUCUACGUUCAGGUCCUACGUGCCGUCAUCGCCGACCGCCAGGACGCGAUUUCAGGACUUGAAAAUGCACUGGUGAAGCACGAGACGAGGGUUUCUCUGGCUGCCGCAGAAGAAGGAGACGGACCGGCUCCGGAAAAGCUGAUAGCUCUUUACAAACUUCGCAGCAAGGUUAAGCCGGUACCAGACAAGCAUGGAUCUCUGCGGCGAGUAAUCGCAGACCUUCGAGGCAUUGCAUCGCGUCUAGAGGGCUCUGGCGGACGGGCGGGCGUUGAGCGUGAUAUUGUUGUGAGGCAGAUACGAGAAACACAGGCGCAUAUCAGCGCUCAAACGAAGGCGUCCACGGCGCUAGAACGCGAGAUCGACCGUUUCACGAGCGCGAUGAACGCCAGAGUCGAGUACUACAGACAGUUGCAAGCGGUAUCCGACAGCGUUGCUCCAUACGAGGGCCAGAACGACCAGCAGGCCAUUGAUGCUUGCGUAGCGACAGAAGAUCAAACGCGCAGGAAGCUUGAUGCAGCGAAAGCAAAGCAUCGAUACUUACUCAACCUGAAAGAAGCCGGAACCCAAUCCAAUGAACCUCGCAUGUGCAUCAUCUGCCAGUCUGCCUUCACGACCGGCGUCUUGACAGUUUGUGGACACCAAUUCUGCAAGGAUUGCAUGAAACAGUGGUACAGAGCACAUCGCAAUUGCCCUAUGUGCAAGAGGAAGCUGAGACUCACUGAACUUCAUGACAUCACGCUUAAGCCGAGGGAAGUCCGGAUAAAUGAGGAUACAGCCACUGCGACAUCCACUGGAGACAACAAAACCCAGGCCAUUAGGACCAACGGCAUCUACUCGCAAUUCAGUUCAGAGAAGGUAGCACAAAUCAAUGACAUUGAAUUGUCAGGCAUGUCGUAUGGCACAAAGGUUGACAGCAUCUGCCGUCACAUCCUCUGGUUGCGGGAGUCUGACCCGGGGGCCAAAUCUAUUAUCUUUACCCAGUACCGCAGCUUCCUGGGCAUCCUCAGCUCUGCUUUCAAUCGCUAUAAGAUUGGAUACUCUUCAAUCGAUUCGCCGACCGGGAUCCAGAGAUUCAAAGAAAACGCAGGCACUGAAGUAUUCAUGCUUCAUGGCCGCGCGCAGUCAAGCGGCCUCAACCUCGUCAACGCCAGCCACGUCUUUCUCUGCGAGCCACUUCUGAACACGGCCCUAGAACUGCAGGCGAUUGCUCGAGUGGACCGGAUUGGUCAGAAGAACGAGACUACCGUAUGGCUGUACUUGAUCGAAGGAUCGGUAGAAGAGUCGAUAUACAACUUGUCAGUCAAGCGGCGUAUGGAGCACAUGGGGAAUAACUCUAAAGGCAAGUCGAAAGAGUCUAGUCCGGAGGUGGCCGAGCCGAUGUUGGAGGCCGCAAACACGCUGGAACUAGAGAAAGCCUCUCUUACCCACCUCAUGAGCAAAGAUAAGAAUGCCGGAGAGACGGUAGAAGCAGCUGAUCUUUGGGAAUGUCUCUUCGGUCGUGUCACAAGUCGUGUUACGACCAGCGUUGCAGACGGCAUUGCUGAGUACGAUAGCUAA